GCUCCCAUUACCUUCAGCGACUCACACAUCAUGGCGGACGCCGAUUCGUGGGAUGCUGAUAGUUUCGAGCCCGACGAGCCAAUUAAAAAGGCGGCAGUUCAUGACAAAUGGGAGGGCGAAGAUGAAGAAGACGACGUGAAAGAUAACUGGGAUGAUGAUGAAGAAGAGGAGGAAAAGGUGGAGCAAAAGAAGACAGAGACAAAGCCUACAGAAAAGAAGAAGCUUGGUGACAAAAUAAAAGAGAAGGAAAGUUUACAAAGGAAAAAACAAGAGGAGCUCAAACAACAACAAUUAGAGGAGUCGAUAACCAAUGAACUGACACCAGAAGAGGAGCUGGCAGAGAAACUCAGAGUGAAAAAACUACAGGAGGAUUCAGAUUUAGAACUAGCAAAAGAGGCUUUUGGUGAGUGUUAUCUUACUAUAACUGCAUGGCAUUAUAAAAUGUUGUUUGUUUUGUUUAUAACAUCAGUAUUUUUUUUAAUAUUUUUUUUAGGUGUAGUAUCAAAUAAUGUUACAGGAAUUGAUGCAAUGAGCCCCUCGUCAAAAGAAGACUUUACAGAGUUUGAGCGUUUGCUAAAAGAAAAAAUCUCUCCGUAUGAGAAGUCUAUACACUAUUCCAGCUUUUUAGAAUCACUGUUUAGGGACCUAUGUAUUUCAUUGGAAAUUGAUGACUUGAAGAAAAUUAACAACUCACUCACAGCGUUACUAAGUGAAAAGCAGAAGCAAGAAAAGCAAAACAAAGGUAAAAAGAAAAAGAAGGGCGUUGUACCAGGAGGAGGAUUUAAAGCCAAGAUGAAAGAUGACCUAGCAGAUUACGGGGAGUUUGAUGGCGGUUAUGCACAAGACUAUGAGGAUUUCAUGUGACCACGGCUUAACCAAUUUAUCACUUUUGCCGUUUGCUGAACCAUAUACCUUAACAGCAUGACCUUAUCCCUGCAGUCAGGCCCGUUACCAGAAUCAUGCUAGAAAACUCUGAUCUUCAUCCCAUGACAUGCACAAUAUCCCUUCAAAGACGUUUAUACAGAGAUUUAAAUAACGGCUCUACUUUUUCUGGUCUGUCGUUGGUCAGCUUUUGUCGGAAUAAUGAAACCGAUGAUGCAACUCCUUUAAAAGUGAACACUGACAGCGUGUGAACUAGCAGUAUAGAUUUCACAGUCCAGAUGACUAUGAACAAAGAGUGUUAUUGUUCGGUAACUGCUACUUAAAUAAACGACAUUCUAUGCAAAUUUCAGAACAUGUCGAUAUGAAUCUCAAUGUCAUUGGAUUAAUUUUGCAGUUGACAGCCAGCGUUCCUUUGGAAGUUAGAUUUGUUUGAACGAGAUUACUUUUGCAUAGCAGUCUUAGCUAGCUAAACCCAUAUAAACCGAAGUGGUAAUAUCUAAAAAGUCAUGUGGUUUAAGAAUCAUGUCUACACUAGAUGUUUUAUUUUCUGUUUUGGUUCAUUCAUUUCGAUACGUAAAUCUAGAUUGUAGCGUACUUUAGCUAAGCCUAAAAAAAUCUUCUACAGAAAAUAACGCUUUAAUGUUUGUAGCUCGUGAUGCAUUCCAUAUGAAGUAAAAGACCAAAAAGUAUGAAACUGCGCUGUGCGACUCACUCAUAAAGAACUGGUUUUAAAGGUACAUUUUGCAGAGCAGAAUACACAAAUAUUUACAAACUCAAUGCAACACAUUAUGCAGUUACUCAUUUGACCUCGACCACGCCAGCAAAGAAUUGAUGCGAUCUCAGACAGGGUUUGAGAUUAUCUGAUGAUACACAAGGGACUGAUGUAGGGUCAGGAAUCGUUUGGCUCUCAAUUUUCUCUACAAACUACAGUGUGAUAGACGUGCUUCAAAGAGACUUGUGCAAAGCUGAUAAUAGGACUCUGCACUGUUUUAUAAAGAUCUAAUUUAAUAAAAGUUGCUUAAAA